ACUUUUUUCUUUAUUAAUAAAAAAUCCAAAACUUACAUCAUGCGCCGGAUAAUUCUUUGGUUAGACCCUGUGUUCCCCACCAAGACAUAAAAGGGCAAAAGUGAACAUCCCCUCCUUCUUCCCUCAUACUUUCCUCUUUCGCCUUCAACACAACCCAUCUCCCCUCCAACGUUAUCCAUAUGCUCCACAAACACGUCGACUCUGAUGAGAUCAUGAAGCGCGCGAAGGCGUCGCCCGCCCACCAACUCAUGGGCAAGUCCAAGACUAUCCAUAGCUUGGCCUACGGUUCACGAUAUGCGACCCAGGAUAUCCCAAAGUACAAGCUGCCUGAGCAGUCGACCGAGGCUGCGGCGGCCUACCAGCUUAUUCACGAUGAACUCGAGCUCGAUGGACGCCCCACCAUGAACCUGGCAUCCUUUGUUCAUACUUGGAUGGAGCCCGAAGCUGAUAAGCUGAUCAUGGAAAACAUUAGCAAGAAUCUCUCUGACCAGGACGAGUAUCCCGCAACUAUGAAGAUCCAUGCCAAAUGCGUUUCCAUCAUUGGGGAUAUGUGGAAGAGCAAAGGUGCUGUGGGAACAUCCACCAUUGGAUCCUCUGAGGCUGUGCAACUCGGAGGGCUGGCUAUGAAGAAGCGCUGGCAAGCAAAGCGUAAGGCCGAGGGCAAGGACACUUCGCGACCCAACAUCGUCAUGGGAAACAAUGCGCAGGUUGCUUUGGAGAAGUUUGCUCGCUACUUUGAUGUCGAGUGCCGUCUGAUCCCUGUCUCGGUAGAGAGUCAUCACUGCUUGGACAUCAAAAAGGCAGCCGAGGCCUGCGACGAAAACACCAUCGGCGUCUUUGUUAUUCUCGGCAGUACCUACACGGGCCAUUUUGAGGACGUCGAAGGCAUGUCCAAGGAACUCGACCGCAUCCAGCAGGAGAAGGGCUGGGACAUUCCAAUCCACGUCGAUGCAGCCAGCGGCGGUUUCGUUGCCCCUUUCGCAUUCCCUAAACUCAAGUGGAGCUUCGACUUGCCACGUGUUCAAUCCAUCAACACGUCUGGUCACAAAUAUGGACUCGCCUAUGCUGGCAUCGGAUGGGUCCUCUGGAAAUCCGAGGAGUUUCUCCCCAAGGAACUGGUGUUUACGCUCACAUAUCUGGGAGCUGAAGAACAGACAUACACACUGAACUUUUCGCGCCCAGCAUGUUUCAUGAUCGGUCAAUACUACAACUUUGUUCGUCUUGGAAAGCAGGGCUACAAGUCUAUCAUCGAGACCGACCUGGUGAACGCACGAGUGCUGUCUAUGGCACUGGAGAGCACCGGAUACUAUGAUAUGGUGUCAGAUAUGCACCGCCCCAAGGGGGUCUUUGGAGUCGAGCACAAGAGCAGCCUGGAGUCCAACCAGAAGUCCAUCAAGGAAGGUAUUGAAUACAAUCCAGCCCUGCCUGUUGUGUCCUUCAAACUGACAGACUCCUUCAAGAAGGAGAACCCUCAUGUCAAGCAGGCAGGCAUUUCGACCUUGCUGCGUACCCGAGGCUGGAUUGUUCCCAACUAUGCGCUUCCCCCGAACGAGGAGAAGAUUGAGAUCCUUCGAAUUGUCGUCAGAGAGUCGCUCAGUCAGGAUCUGGUAGAAAACGUCGUCGGCGAUCUGAUCUGGGCGGCGGAGUCACUGGCUGCCAGCGAGAGUGAAUUCGACACCGAUAUGCUUAACAAGAAAGACGAUCCCGUUACGGAUGCCCACAAGAUGCAGCAAAAAGGUGGCACCAAGCACAAUCUUGGACGUCAGUGCUAAGGAUGUCGUCGGGCCACACGCAAUUGUAUAUACACUCCUGAUGAUUUCAGUUUGAGACCCGAAAAUUGGGUCCCCGCACCAGAUGGUCCAUUGAGAGGUGCUCCGCCCUCUAUGCACUCAUAAACUACAUUAGACAAGAUCAAACGCGUGUGGAUGCUCGGGUAGUAGCAUAGCAGAAUAAACCGAGAGCACAGAAACUGAGGAAGGGUGAAUCUUAUCAAAGUUUGUAAUAGUGCAUAUAUUGCAGCCGCUUGUUCUCUACAGGCUUGACGGUGGAUAACAAAGGCAACGAGCGGAUCUUGUUUUGUGGGCAGCAGGGAUACGGAGAG